AUGUUUUCAGCACUUGAAAAUAUUACUAAAUUGCUUGAUAAUAUAGAAAGAUCUGUAUCAACUAUUAUGUAUUUAAUGGCAUUACAAGAAUUGGCCAAAACACCAUUUCGUGUUGUUGACGAGAUUAAUCAAGGAAUGGAUCCUAAAAAUGAACGUUUAGUUCAUCAUCAAAUGGUUCAAACUGCAUGUCGACCAAACACUUCACAAUAUUUCUUAAUAACUCCUAAACUAUUACCAGAUCUUAAUUAUCAUAAAUUUAUGAAGGUACUUUGUAUUUAUAAUGGAGAGUGGCAACCUGAAACGAUGAACUGGAAAAAAUAUAUUAAGGAACGAAGAGACUCUGCUUAA